AUGUCAAUUUCGGAGUUAGUUUUUGGUGCUUCAGUUGGUAGUCGCCAAUUUUUUUCGGAUUUUCAAAGCUAAAACUUUAAAUAAUUUACAAUUUGCUUGUAGUAGAAUGUUAAUCUAUCAAUAAAUUAAGUUUACUUUUAUCAUCUACGCGAUAACUCAUUUGUAACUAGUAUAUCGAGCUCGAAACCUUAUUUUCUACGAACGCUUAUUUGUGGUUCACUGUGCUGUGUUUAUCCCUCAUGCUGUGAUAUUUCAGCGUUAUUUUAGUUCUACAAUGGACAUCGACGUUAGUAAAGAAAAUAUUCAACCACUGAGAGGUGGCAGGAACCUUGUGCAAUUGGGUACAGCGUUGCAAGCUCAGUCGGAUGUUGAGGCCCAGAGACAGCUGCAGUUACAAAAAGAGGAACAUGAAGCAGCUAUCAGACUCUACCAGGGCACAGAUCCAUUGGAUCCCUGGUUUAACUACAUCCAGUGGGUUGAACAGUGCUUCCCUAAGCAUGGGCAUGAGGGGCACAUUGAUAAGUUGAUAAAAGACUGUCUGCAGCUGUUUGAGAAUGAAAGAAAAUAUUAUCAAGAUAGAAGAUUUGUUAAGUUAUGGAUAAAAUAUGUUGAUUGCCUUUCUAAUCCUUUGGAGAUUUAUCAAAGGCUAUACAAUACUGGUAUUGGAGUGGAAUGCUCUGAAUUCUACCGAGCCUGGGCAUGCUACUGCGAGGAGUCUGGAGACUAUAAGAAAGCCAAUCAGGUGUAUAUGUUGGGUCUUCAGGCUAAAGCUCAGCCUUUGGAUGAACUGGAGCAGGCACAUAUGAAUUUUCAACUAUUCUUUGCCCAAAGAAUGUUACAUGAUGACUCUCCAACUAAAAGGAAGGCAGCAUCAGCAUUAGCUGAGACAAGAAUGGCAUUAACAUCAUUGAAAUCCUUUAAACGGCGUAACAUCGCCAAUGGACCAAUACAAAGGGUAGGAGAAAGUAUUAGAAGUUCUGUACCUGGUGUGGUGAGACAACAGGCUGGCAACUAUGACAACAGGCUGCCUAACUCUAAUGUAAUGGUCAAUGUGUAUGAGGAUGCUCCAUCAACAUCCCAAGUGGCAAUCCCUAUUGCUGAAGAUCCUGGCCCAGCAUCACUAGUACAGGCCUGUAGCAAUGUGGAAAACCAAAAGGAAGUAGGAGUUUGGACUAAUCCCAAAACUAAAAUGGUACACACUAACAUUGUACCCCAUCAACCUCUACCAUUUACACCAUAUGAAGAUGAAGAUGAUGUUCUUAGGCUCCCAGCCAAUCACAUGCCUUAUUGCAUGGAUAAUUUAUCAUUUACUGUGCCUCUAUGUGUACCUGAUCCCCCAGAUUCAACGAAAAUUCCUUGUUAUAAUAAACCACAGGUAUAUGUUGAAGACCAAGAAUACAGUUUAGAAGAAAUAAGAUCUAGAAAAUAUAAUUUAGAGAAAAAUGUCAAGACUGAAAAAAAUGAAGUUGCUGAAGCUCCAAAAAAUUAUGAAAAUAUUAAUGAGACACUAGCUCAGUGCAGUGCUUUAGAAACAUUAGCUAAUUGUGCUCUAGACACAGAACAGGACCACUUAGGGCAACUAAUGCCUUUAACCAUGCCUACUUUACAAAACAUCACAAAAGUGAACAACAUGCAUUCACCUGGUGAACCUAAGGUAUUGGUUAACUUAGAUUCACAGGAAUUUAGUGAACUCAGUGCUAAGAAAGUUGAUGAGAAUUAUAAACCAACAUCUAGCAUGUCUGACAAAGAAAAUGACAUGCAUACUUCAUCCAAUAACAAUUAUGGCAAUGAGAAUGCUGUACCAAACUAUGGCAAAAAUAAUUUGAUGGAAGAGUUCAACAGGAGUCUGAUGGGUAAUCUGCUCGGCGAUUCUGUAACAGUAAACACGAAAGAAGCUAGAUGGGAGCUGAGAAACCUUUUCAAUGAUAAUGAACCUUCCAUAGUUCAACCUGUUGUACAGCAGUUUGAAGUCCCCAAUUUUGACAUUCAUGAAGAUAGAUCCAUUACAAUGGCAAUCAAUACAAAAAAGAAGCAAGAACUUACUGAAAUGAAAACAGUGCCUCAAGACAAAGAAAAUGCUUCUAAAUAUCAAGCACCUAUAAGCACUAUGCAGCAAAAUGUUAACAAGACUGCUUACUAUGAAGAGCCCUCUUGCACACAAGUGUUUAAUUUCAAUAUAAAGGAUGCUAGUACACCAAAUAUGUCUCAGUUUAAGAAGCCAUCCUCAUGUAUUGAUCAGUCUGGUAAAUUUCCAUCUGUGCCCAAAUUUAGUAUGGAUGAGAGUGUCAUAGAACAUCAUGACCCAGGACUGACUAAGAGAGAGGAAGUUUCGAGACAGCAUGCUACUGACCAACAUGCAACUGUUGAUAAUCAAGGUGCAGGUCUCUCUGUGAUCAUGGAAGCCACAAGGGAAUAUAACAGUAAAUCGGGCUCUAGUUCGUCUGGGCAAUCUACAAGAACCAACUUUACUGCUUACACAACAAACUAUGAUUCCAUGUACAAUAACAACGACCCAUCACAACAACCUACAACAUCCAAAAGAAGUUCUAUGCCUUCUCAGCCUAGAUUGUUAAAUGGUCAGUUUUCUAGGACGCACCCUCAAAAACGAGAAUUACCGGAAAAUAAAAAUGUUGCGCCGUCCACAUCAGCGCCUUAUCCGUCGCACGACCAUCAGUACCAAAAGCCUAUGCCACAAAACUACAAUGGGUAUUCACCACAGCAACGAUCUAUGCAUGCACACUAUCAACAAAACUAUAGUUAUCAGCAGAACUAUAGUUACCAGCAGAACUAUUCUAAUAAUCAGAUGAUGAGCCAGCAGCCACAACAAGGAUAUGCUAGUCCUAGUUCCAACGCUUACCAGAGUCCACAGCAUACUGGUAUGCAAAGCCCUCAUGCUAUGGGCUCGAAUGUUCCACCUGGUUUUCAGAGCCCAACUUACUCGAAUCAAGUAGGCUACCACAGUCCAGGACAUGCUAUGAUGAGUCCUCAACAAAAUUAUGCUGCUCGUCAAGAUUAUCACUAUCCUAAUCAGGCGGAAAGACAACAUAUUUAUGUGAACCAGCACCAACAGCAACACCAGCAGCACCAACAGCAACACCAGCAGCACCAACAGCAACACCAGCAGCACCAACAGCAACAACAUCAGCAACUGCAACAGCAGCAACUGCAACAACAGCAACUGCAACAGCAGCAACUACAGCAACAGCAACUACAGCAACAGCAACAACAUCAGCAGCUACAGCAGCAACACCAACAGCAGCAAUUCCAACAGCACCAGUUCCAACAACAACAACAACACCAUCAGCAGCAGUCUGCUGUAUUCCAAAGUCCUCCACAUCAGACCCAGUAUCAAAAUGCUCAAUACUAUCGGCGGCCUAGCCCAGCCCCAGCGUCUGCACCUGCAUCUGUACCUGCACCUGCGCCUGCAUCUACACCCACAAAUCAAGCAUACAACCAACAAGGCUACCACAUGCAUAAUCAAUUCAAUAACUCACACAAGAGUCCAACAUCAGCACUGAGGAAUAUUAGACAUGACCAACCUAAUCCAGUAAAAAUUGGCCAAAAUUCACCAGAUAUUGGCUUUUCGAACCAAUAUUUGAAUUUCAUUUCAAACAGGAAUGAACCCAAAGAUAAUGCUAAUACUCCUAAAUUCACAAACAGCCCAAGCAUUUCUCAAAAGAUGCAUAAAAACUUGUAUGUAUCCAGCCCUGAACAGGCACAGAUACCUCCUUCAUCAGGAAUGUCUGAUUCUGACAGUAAAGAUGGCAUGACAGCACAAACAGGAACACCAAUUCAGUCUGCUAAGGUCUCUCAUGGUAGCGAAAAACAAAAAGACAUUUCUAAGAGGCAAUUAGACUUCGAACACAGGGUUGAAUUUCAGUCUGAGGACAGUAGAGACUCUGUGAGCAAAGAGAGCAGGAUUUCCAGAGUUUAUUCCAGACAAUCUGAUUUACAAUCUGAUGGAUAUGGUAUGGAUGUGGAUAGUGAAAAUUCCAUGGAGUGUGCUGCAUUUAAAUCUACUCAUUCUAUUUCCUUAGUAGAAACUAGUGACAUACCUAGGCCUGCUGAUAUUGAAUUCCCAGCAUUAAUUGAUCCAUUUAGUAAAAAGCUUCUCAGUUCUUUACUAGACUAUGUUAAAUUCCCAAAUAAAACUCAUGCAGAUGGAUAUAUUGAAGUUAGAAGUGUUCCCAAGUUACAACUGGCCACUGUUAUAACUGUUGGAAGUAGUAAAUUAUCAAUUGACAAGCAACUUGGCAAAGGAAAUUAUGGGGCAGUUUUUCUUUGCCUUGAUUUACAUAAUAAUAAGUCAGUUGCUGCUAAAUAUCAGAAGCCAAGUCGGCCUUGGGAAUUCUACAUUUGCCAAGAAAUAAAGGCAAGAAUAAAGGAUCCAUUCAUGCUUCCAGGAUACAUGGAUAUCUCAACAGCUUUCAUAGGAGACAAUGCAAGCUUGUUUCUGUCGGAAUAUUCCAAAUAUGGAUCUCUCUUAGACGUCGCUAAUAAGAUCAGAGCUGCUACCUCAAAAUGUAUAAAUGAAUUCAUUGUCAUCUUACUAACAUCAGAGAUGUUGUCGAUAAUUCACUAUCUGCAUAAAGCGCAGAUCAUUCAUGCUGAUAUUAAGCCAGACAACUUUUUGUUAAUGAAAAUACCUACACAGGAAUGGCGAACUCCAUCCCUUCAGCUAAUUGAUCUUGGCUGUGCUAUUGACAUGUCCCUAUUUCCAGAAGGCACCACAUUUAGGGAGCUGAUAGCGACAGAAGGUUUUACAUGCACUGAAAUGAGAGAAGGCAAACCUUGGACUUAUCAAACUGAUCUGUACUGCUUAGCUGGUACUAUACAUGUGAUUUUAAUGGGCAGUUAUAUGAAAGUAGCUAAUCGUUUAGGUCAAUGGAACAUAGAUAAGAAACUGCCAAGAUACAUGAAGGUUGGGUUAUGGGACAAGAUAUUCACAACACUACUAAAUGUACCGGAUUGUAACAAUUUACCUGAUUUAAUGGAACUCAAAAAUGAAGUUGACAGUGUAUUGAAUGAAAUUGACAAUCUUGGUUCUCAGCUCCGUAACUUCGCUAACGUUCUUAAAUCUAGGUAAAUUAUGUAAACGAUCUACAUUGUAUGUAUUUAUUGCAUUUAGAUUUAAAGGCGAUUGUAAAAACUAGAUACUUACCUAAAUAUGUAUUAUUAUAGUGAUACAAAAUACUUAUAUCAAAGUUCGAUGAACUUCUUGAAUCUUUUGCCAGGUUGAACUUUGCUCUUCUCAAAAGCAAUAAGUAUUAAUGUACCAGAAUCUUAUAACUUAGUUUAUAAACUUUAAUAUAAAAUACAUGCCUUGUUGUGUUUAGUUAAAAUGUGAUAUUGUAAUUUUGAGGUUUCUUGUUUUUGUAUUAAAAUUGGCUUAGAUUGACUUGUUAGCUUAACUAAUGUUGAAAUAUACUUAAGUUCAUUUAUUUUUGUAAAACCAUAAGACUUGCACAUUUCACAUUUCUUGUUUGAAUUGUAACAAAGAUAAUAAAUAAUUACCUGGUUGA